UUCUUCUGGAAAUGUUAUUAUUAUCAUUGUUGUUGUUUUAUGCGACAGUUUUGAGGUGUUUCGUUCAGUGAAGCUUUAUUGGGUUGGCAGGGGAUUCGAUGGGUAGGAUUCAUGGAGGAGCGGUUGUGCUUGUCUGUUUGGGGUGCAUUUAGAGGUGGGACAUGUGAAUCGUGGGAUUUCGGAGUUUUAUCGAGGGUGGUUUUAGUGAUCGAGGUUUUAAGAUUCAGAACCCAGAAGUUGGGGCUGUAGAGUUUGCGGACAGAUCUCGCAGAGUUAUGUCUCUGGAUCGUUUGGGGUAGUGUCCGUUAAAUAGGUAGAAUUGUUCGAACGAUUUCCUUUUCAGCGUCGUUUAUUGUCGAGCGAAGUAAUAUUGCGAUAUCCACGAGGUGCGGAUUGUUUGUCGCUAAAUCAUGGGUGUUAAUUUUGAAUGGAAUCUACUGGUUAGGCUUAUUCGAAGCAUGAGGCAAUGCCGAUUAGGAAAAUGUGUUUUAUCUGGGCAUAAUGGAAGUUUAAAUUAUGAGUUCACCUAGUAGCGUACACACGAAUUUUUAAGUAGGCGAUUUGAAAUGACAUUUCUUAGUUUUGGGACUAGUCGCUCCAGCACACAGACGCACAUGGUUUUUGCGAGGCGAAGCUUUCUAGUGUCCCCCAAAAGAUCUGAUAGACAACCAUUGUUACAUUGCUUUGUUCAGGCUCGUACCCGAGCUGCAGAUUGACGUGUGACCACGUGUUAGAGACUAGUUUUGUCUACUUUCCAGGCUGUUUUUAACUGUUGACUUGCGUGCACUCUCAUUUGUGAACGGAACUCUAUAUCUUUCGUGGCCUAUCAGGAGCUUUUCUUUGGUCCGUGCUACAAUGACGUAUCAGUUUUCUGACAUUCAUUAGGAUCAAUCGAAUGGGACUCUCUCAGUUCUUUGUUAGUUGUCGAUUCUGGUGGGUUAUCGUAGCUUUAGCGUAAGUCUUCGAGCUACAGCACAGUUGACUGUAAUUCCCGGUAUAGGUUUUCGUCAGUCGCUUGUGGCAUUAUCCUCUCUAUUUCUCGAGGUCAAUUUUCUAAUUCAGCUAGUUACGAGCUUUGAAAUGGAACUCUACUUCGUUGUGUAGAUCUAUACUCUAAUUUUUCUAUACCCUAUAUGUCUACGUUGAAUUUUGGUUAACAAGCACUUUGUUACUGUCGUCUUACCAAGCUCCCAACAUUCUUCUUGUGGUUUGCGGUUGGUUCUCCAGAAAUUAUCGCUCAAGCUGAAUGAAUUCAUUUCGUUACCUGCAGGUUGAACAAAGACGGGUAGUCAUGGCAGAGCCUAAAGUAGAGGUAGAUCAGUCGGCUCCAUUCUCACCCGUUGAAGCGGCAGACAGCAUGGUUGUUGAAAAAAUUCCAGAAAAGACCCAACCCCUGUCCCUUUCUCAUAGUGCGGAUUCAUCAAGUCUACAAUAUGCCGGCACGUAUCAUGCCACCAACCCCCAAGUAGAGAAACCCUACGCCCUUGAAAAUGAAUUUAGUCGUGCUCACGCUGAGAUUAACAACAAGCAACAGCUACCCGCCUCUGAAGCUGCCAAAACCGAGGGUAUGAAACAGUCCACAUCACUACCCAUCUUGGCCGGAUUGGAUUGGCAACAUCACCUUGAUGCAGUCUUAGGCCCACAACGGACUGCUCUUGUGCCAAGCACUGAAUCUUCUGAAGCAAACACAAAUCACGGCAUGGAAAUCGACAGGUUACAGAAGGAGCUUGAGAAUGCCAAUAGCCAGUAUCUCGAAUUGUCCGCAGAGCUGGAGAGUGCGAGGGCAGAGAUGAACAGGCUACGACAGGGUGGAACUGCAGCCAACAUGCAUGGUACAGAGCUUGAAAUUGCGAAGCAAGAGAUCAUCCGAUUGCAGGCUGCAUCGUGGAGUCAGCAUGGAGCCUACAGCACAGAGCUUGCAAGGGCUAAGGAUGAGAUUGUUAGACUUCAAUCCGAGUUAAGGGGUGUUAAGAUUUCAAGUACGGACCUUUCACAUGCGAAGGAAUUGAACAGUUUACUGCUCGCAGAUAUUGAGGCCUCUGCAAUAGACCUUACUAAAACAAAUGAAGAACUACGCAACUUACGAGGACAGUAUGAACAUUCUAUGUCAGAGAUUAAUCGACUGCAGGCUCAGCAAAGAAGCGCCGUUGCCGAGCUGAAUGGCGCGAAAGAUGAGAUCAAUAAGUUGCAAACGGAUUUGACAUCGGCCCGCAGUAAUUCUGCUGGAGAAUUGUUGGCCGCUAGAGAACAGAUUGAGAAGUUACGUGCUGAGUUGGAUUCUGUGCAGGGGCAGAGUGGAAGUUCCUCAACUGAGCUUAUAAACGCAAAACAGAAAAUCUUGAAUCUCGAGGGACAGUUACAGAUCUCGUCAACUCAUCUCGGAGGUUACGCCUCUCAGCUCACAAUUGCAAAGGAAGAAAUAAAUAGGCUGCAAAAUGAAUUAUCGUCCCUUCAUCAGCUGCACGGGAAAUCGAGCUCAGAGCUUACUGUGGCAAGAGAGCAACUCGGCACACUGCAACUGUCCCAGGAGUCUCGAGACAUCUCUAGCGUAAGACUCUCAAAUGUUGGAAAUGAGUCGACAGGAACCAGUCAACAGAUUGAAAACCCUCACUCCGAGAAUGGUAUUGCACCGAUAGAUCUUUCAAAAGAAAGAGAAGAGAAUAGCAGACUGCGAGAUGAAUUGAGUGCUGCGUCUAAGCAGAUCCAGGAACUUAAGGAUGAGGUUGGAAGGUUACAGGCUGAUUUGAUGGUCUUUCAAUUUGAAAGUCCUGAGCUUUUGAAAUCAAGAGAGGAGAUUGAAAGGCUCAGGGUGCAGAUCCAACAAUUAUCUGAUUCACAUCCAACAUUUUCAUCAAGAGAGGUAGACAACGGGGAUCUUGUUUCUGCAACAUUAUUGGAUGAGCUGACUAUGGAGCUGAUGACGACAAACGAACACCUAGAGAAAGCUACCCAAGCUCGGAUGAAUGUUGAGAGGGAACUGGCAGCUGCUAGAGUAGAGGCUGAAGAGGCUGGUGGCUUAAGAGUAAGUUUGGAGAGUCUGCAGGCCGAGUUCAAAGUAGCAAAGGAAGCGGAAAGAAAAUUAGCCGAUGUAAUGACAAAGAUAGAGGGGCUGAAAUCACAGUUAGCUGUGACGAGCGAGAAUGAGGAGAGGACUUCAAAGAUUGCUGCCGACGCCAAUGAGGAGUUGCUCUCUCUGAAUACUGCUCUUGGAUUGGUCAGAGAAUCUGAACAGGAAUUGAGCAAGCUUGUUGAUGCUCUGCGUUUAGAAGUGAAGUCUCUUAAAGCAGAGAUGGUAGUUCUGAAAGAGUCGGAGGGGAAAAUGAGAGAGUCGUAUGUUGCAACCAAAGCUGAGCUCGAGAAAGUGGCCGCAGAGUUGGAGAAAGUGAAAGAAGCUGAAGAGAGAGCGACUGGAGUGGCAGCUUCAACAGGUGAUGAGUUGGAUGCUCUGACAGAAGAGUUACGCAUUACCAAAGAAGGCGAAGCACGAGCUAAAGCUGCAUUUACAGAUUAUAGUCUGAAACUGCAACGAAUGAGGAUAGAACUCGAAGAUGCAACAAAGCUCGCUGAAAAGGCAAGAGCUUUCAAGUUUGACCUCGAUGAAGCCAAUAUAAAGUUGAAAAAAUUGAUGGAGUCAGAGCGAUCUAUGUCAGCUACAAUGGCAUCUUUACGAGCAGAAGUGGGAAACGCAAAUGCAGAGAUAGCACGUGCUAGAGAAGAGGGAGAAGCUGCACUGGCUGAGAAAGAGUCAGAUAUCGAAAUGGAAAUGAGUCGGAUGAAAACUGAAUGGGGAGCUGCUGUAGCAGAAGAGAAACGACUGAAGGAAGAAAGUUCCGCAUUAAGCAAAGCUUUGACGAAGGUGACAGACGAAAAAGACGAACUGAAGUCUACUUCUGCCUCAUUGAUAGAGGAAUUAACGAAAGCGAAACAGGAUUUGAAGCAAGUAAGUGCUAAAAUUGAGACCCUAGAAACCAAACUGCAGGCAGCUCUUCUGGAAGUUGAGGCCGUCAAAGCAAGCGAAGAGAGAGCUCUUUCUCAGGUGAAGGUUAACUCGUACAAUCCGGAUGUGGAGGUCAAGGAGUCCGAGUCUGGAGCUGAGGUCACAAUACCUUCCGAGGAAUACCAGGCUUUGAAAACUUCCGCAAAGGAGGUUGAAGAGUUGGCCAAUAAGCGGGUUGCCUUGUCGAUGGCACAGGUCGAGGCAGCCAAAGCAAGUGAGAAAGAGAUGCAGAGCAAGUUAGAGAUGGCGAAGAAAGAUAUCGAAGCUAGUCGUGCCGAGUUAAUAGAAGCAAUGAAGAAACGUGAUGAAGCUGAAGCAGCGAAGUUUGCCGUGGAAGGGAUGCUUCGCACCCAAAGAGGACAGGGCAGAUAUCAAGCUUUCAACGGCGGUCCUCCAAUGGGAAGUCCCAGCAAUGGAAUGGAUCGGCAGGGCUAUAUGCUUAGCCCAGCAUCUGGAAAUUCACAGAACAGCAGCCCGUUACACCCCACCGUCCCAUUCUCGUUUCCUACUCCACCACGCCUCAACCUUCAAGAGAAGAUCCCCUCCGAAUCGCUUGCCAACGUUCUCGCAACACAAUUGCCAUUGGAGGAGAAAAAGAGCAGGCCCAGAUUCUCAUCGAAGAUUGGCUCAUACUUCGGCAAGAAGAAAGACUCGGGGUCCAAGAAGAGUCAGGCUGUUUAAAGUGGCGUUCCGUUCGAUGUGAUUUUGAGAUAUUUCCUGCCCAAAUUUGCAGCGUGCUUCAUCAACAACGUUCCAAGCAGCCAUCCCACUGAUGGGCACCUCAAGAGAUGACACGAGAUAGAAACCAACCGUAUUGACGGGGAGCUUGUGGAGUAUGCGCCGAACCUGUUAUUACGAAGCUUGGGUUUCUUUCAAGCUUUUUAGGUGUUGACAUCUGAAGCAAAUACCUGUAAAACUUUUGGCGAUGCCUCAAGGGUUAGGAAGGUCCGCGGUGUUGUGAAAUGUUGAUAUUAGAUUUAAUCUGAGUAUCUUCUUUUAGUGGAGCUCAUUUAUGCAGAUGCAAGGCUCCGGUUCAAGAGUUAAAUGCUGAGAGGUCUCCAGCAAAGAGACCAGUAUUACAUGAAAUGUCCGACUUACAAAGAUCUUACAGAUAUGGCUACCUCUGUGUAUUACAUCUGUAAUGUUGGUUUUUUUGAUAUCCCACUCGCUCAAGAUGAUAUUUUUGUCUUCUUAGCGUUUGGUUCAGAUA